UUAAAAAGAGAGAGAGAAUGGAGGAUGAGAUUUAUGAUCAUGUGAGUCAUAAACACGGGCUGAGUCGGAUCCCCGAGUCAGCCCGGAAAGGUGAAACCUCGCAUGUUUGUUAUGGGUGUUGGCGAGCGUUUUUACCCGGAGAGGCAACGUACGGAUGCAGCCUGCGGUGCGGAUUCGAGUGGUUUUUGCACAAAGAAUGCAUGGAAAUGCCGAGAGAGAUUACGCAUCCUAUCCAUCCUUCUCACCCUCUCACACUGGCACUCAACCAUUCAAAAUUCAAAAAAUGUGCAGUUUGUAAAAGUACAGAAGUGGGUGGGUUAGGCUACAAAUGUAGGCAGGCUUGUGAUGGAUUCUGGAUCCAUAUGGAAUGUUGUGAGGGCUUUGAAGAUAAGGACGAAAAGCAGGCGCCUUUGGCCCACCCAAGCCACCCUCAACAUGAGCUGCGAUUUUCCAAGAAAACAAGGUGGUGCCCCUUCCCUUGUGAUGCAUGUGGUGCCACUGAGAAGAAAGGGGACUCCUACAUCUGUACCCUCUGCGACUACUGGAUACACCACAGCUGCGCACUCCUCCCACACUCUGCACACUUCCCUCAUCAUCACCACUCUCUCUCCCUCGCCUUCUCUACUCCACGUCACUACAUCUUGAAUAGAUUUGACUGUGGUGUAUGCAACACAACUUUGCCAUUGUCGCGAUGGGUCUAUCACUGCCGCCUUUGCAGUUAUGUCGUCCAUCUCAACUGCGCCACCUCCACAUUUGUUGAUGGUGAAAAUGAAGAUGCAAAAGUAAUUGAUGAUGAGAGAGUGGCUACCAAGUUUCCAAUAGCGGUAGAUGAAAUGUAUGAGGAGAUGAUAAUAGCCUUCGUUAAGAGACAAAGAGGACAAAUUCUCAUCCCUCGUGAUCAUGGCAAGUACAGCUUCUCCCAUCACCCUCAUCCACUAACUUUUAACGCAUUUUCGUCAUGUUCUUCGUCGUCAUCUCAAGAUCACUACAAGAAGGAUGACGAAGAAUAUGAUGAAGAUGAUUUUGACAGAUGGGAAUUAACAUGUGAUGGGUGCACACUGCCUAUACGUGCAAAGAAGCCAACAGAUGAUGAUGAUGAUGAUUACGAGAAUGAGAAUGGUUACAUGAGUUGUGACGAAUGCAAAUACUUUCUCCACUUGUCAUGCUUCAACUUACCACUUGAGAUCCCCUCUCUUCCAAUUCACCCUCUCAAAGAUCACAACUUAAGGCUUCACCAUGUUGAUGGCAAGCUAACAGGUUGGAUACGAUGUGAUAUUUGUCGUGGGUAUACGAAUGGGCUCUAUUACGCUUGUACCUACAAAGGCUGUGUGUUCAAAAUAGACAUCAAGUGUGCUUCUUUGCCCAACACCAUAAAACACGCGGCUCACCCACGACAUAACUAUCUCAAGCUAGUCACAGAAAAUGAGUUUAGGUCUGGUUUCUGUGUUAACUGUUAUUGGCCUAUAUCUGAACGAAAGGAACAAUAUAAAUGCAACUGCUGCAGAUUCUGUGUAUGUGCUAAAUGUGUGAUGCUACCAGCAACAAACAAGCAUAGACUGGAGAAUCACGUGUUAGCGUUGACAUACGAUGCCUAUGUUAACCGUCCUGGUGAGUUCUACUGCAGCAACUGUGAAGGCCAAAUGCAACCCAGAGAUUAUAUGUAUCACUGUCGAGACUGUGAUCAAUCAUUUCAUCCCAGAUGCUUUCCUGCUACGUCGGGUGAUUAUAGAAACAUCAACUUUGGGAGGGAGCAGUAUGUGAUAUCCAAAAUUCAUGACUCUCGCCAUUCUCUUAGAUUUCAGAUCAUAACCAACAAAAAGAGAUGCGACCUAUGUCAUGUCAAUUACUAUGAUAAGCCUGGAUUUCAAUGUGUAUCGUGCUUCUUUGUCGUGUGCUUAACCUGCGGUCUGAAACACAUGGGCUGAUCCAUCUGAUCGUGUGCAUAUAUAUGUAGAUUCUAGUGUUUAUGUUAUUGGCUAAAUGUGUGUUGUUCUUGUAUUUUUCAGUUAAUGUAAUAUUUGAUUAAUAUUGUAAACAAAAGAUUUACUAUAAUUCUUGUGUAUUUACUGUUAUUCUUGCCUUUUCAUACAUGCCACACACUACUGUAGUAAAAAUCGAAACUGAAUGUAGAAUUUGGUGUACAA